AUGGACGCGAUCAACAACCCUUCUCAGCAAUUCCAAUCCUCCCAAUUCCAAUACACUCAAUCCCCUCUGUCUGAAUCUGAUAGAUUCACGUUGGAACAGUUGAUGGGAACACCACCAGAGACCCCGAUGUCCGGUACUCAAGGCCGUCGCGGGCGAAGUCAAGGCGUUGGGGGGCGAAACGGCGGCGGAGGUGGGCGAAAUAGCGGCAAUGGUGGGGGGCGAAGCGGCGGCAAUGGUGGGGGGCGAAGCGGCGGGGGUGGUCGAGGCGCCAGCCGCCAAGGAGAGCAGGGGACCGGAAGAGGUGGCGGCCGAAGUGGUGGGCGACGCGGUGGAGGCGGACGCGGUGGCGGCGGCAGUGGAGGCCGGCGGUCGACAUACUACAGCAAUGAAGAAUCCCUUGCUGUAGCGAGAGCCUGGUCAGCGGUCACGACCGAUUCUAUAAUCGGUACGGAUCAUACCGACGUUUGCUUUUGGAAUCGCAUUCUCGACGUGUACAACGAAUUCAAACCAGAUGGGAGUGUCGAGCGUACAGCUAGCCAAAUCCGGAAGAAGUUCGGAAGGAUUACUAAAGCGUUGAAGAGGUUCAGUGGCAUAUACGAGACCCAACUCCGCCUUGCUGAGAGCGGCCGCACCGAAGCCGACGUACGAGCGUUGUCGUAUCAGUUGUACAAUACUGACUCGUGGCCGAAGUUUACCUACCGGGACGAAUACCUCGUUUUGCGAGACUGUCCGAAAUUCAGGACCCUAAUCGACAAAGAUCUUGUCUCUGGACCGAAGCGGACUAGACUGGGCGUCGCCGGCAACUACAACAGUAAUAGUGACUCACGCGCCUUCGAUCUGAACGAUGAUGCUUCGGAGGAGGAGCCCCCCUCCAGACUCUCUCGGCGCCCACGUCCGCAGGGCCAGCGUGCCGCAAUCCGAGAAUCUAGAACCGGCUCUCAAUUCUCCGCUGCGACCUCUACAACAGUGCCCUCAACACCGAGGGUGGCUUUGACUCAUACCCUAGAGGUCCAGAUGAUGAAGCAACUUUCGGAGAAUUUGGCCUUGUACGAGAAGUCAACUGAUCCGGAGACCAAGAGAUUCUUCUACGACCUCAUUAUUCGACUGAGGUCGAAGUUGGGGUGGGGCGAAGGGUCGCAGACGGGCGGUGUGCAUCAUUUUUUUUAA